AAGAGUUUGGAUGCAGGCAUGUUUGAGGAGAUCCUGAGUUACAUCUAUUCGGGAACCCUCCAUGUCUCCCUGGACAAAGUGCAGCCCCUGUACCAGGCGGCCGACCUCCUCCAACUGGACUAUGUGAGAGACACCUGCAGCAGCUAUAUGGCCACGAAUGUGGAGUGUUCCACCUGUGUGGACCUGUACAAGUUUGCUGAUGUCUUCUCUGUGGACGUUGUCCAAAAAGCUUGUAUGCAGUUGAUCCAUAGAAACUUUUCUGAGGUUGCCUCCAGUGAGGAGUUCUGCAGCUUGAGUGUGAAUCAGCUGACUGAGAUCAUCAGCCAGGAUUGGCUGGAUAUCAAAGAGGAGACAACAGUGUGGGAGGCUGUGGUGAGCUGGGUGCAGCACAGCAGGGAGGACAGGUGGAUGUCAGUCUUCUUCUGUUGGACAGUGCACUUUGGAGUUUUAACAUGAAAGAAACUUAAUCAACUCCAUGAAAAAUGGAGGUAUAGCUUUUGGGUUCUCUGUGUGUGUUUUUUUCCGGAUAUUUGUGUUCAUGAUCAUUUUGGAACCUCUGAAUGGAUGAUAUUUGGCAUAUGGAUAGUGGUUGGGAAGACAAAGGUCAAGGUCAAUUUGGGACCUCAGCUGUGUGACCUUGGUACAGCCUCAGAACUUUCAGUUUUUGUAUCUUUUGUCCUUGGUAUGUUAUGGUCUUGUUCAGUGAGAAGCUGAUGUGAUACAAGAGAAUCAACUUAACCUGCCCUGUGUUCUACAGACUGCACCACCUACCCAUCAUCCUCCCUCGUAUCCGCUUCAACCUACUGACCUCAGACGACACGGCAGCCAUCUUGAAACACCCGCUGGUCAGGGAGGAUCCUGGGAAAUCUGUCAUCAGGAACGUGUUGAAGGAGGCUUCCAAAGUUAACAUGAAGAGGAGGGUCGGGACGGACACGCUUGAAAUGGCCCUGCUUUUCAUUGAACGCACAAGAGAGAUGGUGUGGAUGAACCCCCGGAAAGGGAAGUACAUCAGGCAUCACUAUGACAUAUCUCCGAUUACAGCAACUGUUACCAGUGAU